GCAGCACCUCCGUCUCUCCUGCUUUUGUUCAGCAGCACCUCCAUCUCUCCUGCUUUUGUUCAGCAGCACCUACGUCUCUCCUGCUUUUGCUCAGCAGCACCUCCGUCUCUCCUGCUUUUGCUCAGCAGCACCUCCAUCUCUCCUGCUUUUGCUCAGCAGCACCUCCGUCUCUCCUGCUUUUGCUCUGGCGCUGAGGACGUCUCUGCUCUGCAGCUUCACCUGUGUCUCAGAACCGCUACACAGGGUUCAUAGCGUGGAGCGUUCAGGUGAUCGGGUCUCUUUUCCGUGAUGCGUUUGAUGUAAAGCUUCCAAAGCCAUGACCUGCUCUGUGCUUUAAACCAGCACCUUAAAUGUCAUUACUGUAGUUACACUGGUGUCAAACUCAGCAGAUACUGCAGGAGGCCGUGCUCGGUUUAGACAUUAUACACUUGCAGCAACAUUAAAUCAGAUAAGGGCUCAUGGUGCAGUUGCACAGAUCAGAGAACAGUGUGAGGUUUAGUGGUGACACGUGGACGCGACGAUGAUCCUGCAUUAAAAGCUUCUCACUCUGUGGUCAAACGUCCUCUCAUCCUGCUGCAUUUAACACAGAUGCAGCGUUUCUGUCCCACCGCUCGGAUCCAACUGGACAAAACCAGGUGUGCUUCACUAAAGCACAGGUUAACUUAAUGUUAACCAGAUGAAGGAGGCCUCUGAUCAGAGCGUUCUCUGAUAUCAGACGUUCGCGCUAACGGCUCUGGAGAAGCUUUUCCUUUAACACACACACACUGGCUCGUUUCCGUCAGCGACCUCUGACUUCCACAUUUCUAACCUGGAUUCCUGCCUCAUGUCUGAUCUACAGCCACAGUUCUUCAUUAGCUGCGUCAGCUGAGCUUCAAGAGGUUCUGUCUCCUUUUUAACUGUUCUUUGAUUUGCUCAGUGCAGCAGUUUGUGCUUUUGCAGUAUUAGAUCUGAUUAACAGUAAAAGCAGAUGCAGUUCUCAGAAAAUAACAGCAGAAAGGAUGUGCGUCAAAAUCAUGAUUUCUAUCAUCUCUUUUUUUAAACAAACUCAUAUGAUGCCGCUUUUUAUUUUAUUCUUCGAGCUUUAAUCAUUUGAGGUAAAAUCAGAGUGAAUUCAGUAAAACCAAAUUUCACCCACAGUGAAAAAAUUAAAUAUCUACAAAACUACAUAUUUGGAAUGUUGUCUAAAGCUUCAAUAAUCAUCCAGUUAUUUUUAACAUUUAUUAUUUAACGCACUUCAGUGGCAGGUUUGACUGAUGAGUGUAUUUAUAGAACCUUUCAUGAAAAGACUAAAGCAGCUUACGAAAUGUUAAAUCCAUUUUAAAUUCAGAAGAAAACAAGCACACGCCUGUUCUUUAUUUACUGCAGACGUUUCCCAGUGAUGUCAUAUGGACACACACACACACACACACACACACACACACACACACACACACACACACACACACACACACUCACACACACACACACACACACACACACACACACACACACACACACACACACACACACACACACACAGAGGAGAACUUUGCUUCGGUAUUAAUAGACUUGUUAUUGGUACAGUAGUAGUUUCUCACCCUCAGGUCUUAAUGGAACUGUAGAUACUUGUAGUCAGUUUAUCUGGAAGAUGAUUCAUCGCUUCCUCGUUGGCUCAAACCUUCCUCUCCUCCAUCUCGCUCCUUCGUUGUGAGCUUGUUGCUCAGAGCAACACAAUGUGGUAGCAUUUCCCACAUGGACCUUGUUCUAGAGACGGAUCUGAGCAGAGCUUCCUGUGAGGAGCUACUUGGACGUCUGUGGAGAUGAGGUAGGUGUAACUACGACGGGUGGAGACGCAGCUUUCAUCGCUAAGGAGGCUAAAUUAGCUCAACAAAAACCUCAAGGCAGAGCUCAGAUAUUAAUACACUGACGAUUCAUUCUCAGACACUGAUAGCAGUGACUCAGUGUGCUUCAUUCAUAGUCCACUGACGUCUGACCAGCACUGGGAGACAAACAUGUGAGCAGAAAACUUUAGCCAUUAAACCGUUUCAGCCAAACUGACACCAGACUCAUCUUAUUUUCCUUCAUCGCCCGUUGCUGCUGAUGUCAGACUUCUUGGCUGGAGGUUUGUCUAUCAGCUGCAGGAAGUAGCACAAACCCCCAACACAUUUGGAAACUGGUCUCCAGCUUGUGAAAUGACCGGACAUUCUGUUCCACCAUCACCAGAGCAGGCUCUUUAACGGCUCCAAGGUCCAGAAACGAAGAAUCUCACAGUGAAAUGUUUGUGCAAAGACUUAAAUGAUUAAUUCUGUUUAUUUGAGCCCUUUGGAAAACGUUUCUUACUUCUUUGUUCAUUAUCAUAAAUUCAAAUCAACAGGUUGCUCACCUUGUUUUUACUUUUCUAUAGGUCAGUUUUAGUCCCCACUGAGAAAUAAAAUGAGGACAAGCACCUGCUUCACGGUUUCAGACUAAAUGUGAUGCUCCGCGUUCACAGUGUUUUGUCUUCUGUCUUUCGAAGCCACACCAUGUCUCCUAAUGCCUCUCUGCCAGUCCUCAACAAUGGCCCGACUGCAGUGGACACCGCAACCAUCAUGGACUACAUCACACUCAUGCUGUACUCGCUGACCGUGGUGCUCGGCAUCACUGGGAACUCUGUGGUGAUCUGGGUGGCUGGAUUCAAGCUCAAGCCCAAAGUGACCAACGUGUGGCUGGUGAACCUGGCCAUCGCAGACCUGAUCUUCUGCUUCACGCGCGUCUUCUCCCUCGUCAAGAAACUCUUCUUUGACCACUGGCCCUUCGGCGUCUUCAUCUGCAAGUUCAACGGCUUCUUCAAAUACGCCAACAUGUUCUGCUCCGUCUUCCUGCUGGCCGUCAUCAGUCUGGACCGCGUGCUGUGCGUCUGGAAGCCCGUCGCCACCAAGCGGCGCCGCACCCUGUGGGCGGCGAGGACGGCGGCCGCCUGCGUCUGGAUCAGCGCCGUGGCGUUCAGCGCCCCGUACUUCCACUACCGCCAGGUCUACCAGGCCGGGAAGAGGAACCUGAGCAAGUGCUCCCUGGAUCCGAAGGGCGCCUCUGGGGCCGGCGGCGAGAGGGCGGCGCUCUACGCCAUCCGCUUCCUGUGCGGCUUCCUGCUGCCCUUCAUGGUCAUCCUCGUCUGUUACUUCCUGGCUGGAGUCGGCAUCCGACGCACCCGCCUGGCGGGAAAGUCGCGGCCUCUGCGCAUCCUGGCGUCGCUGGUCGCUGCCUUCUUCGUGUGCUGGGCUCCGUACCACUGCCUGCUGCUGGUCAAGAUGGCCGACGGCACGAACAGCGUGGUGAAGGCGUGCUCGUCGAUGGCCGCCGCCGUCGCCUACUUCAACAGUUGCGUGAACCCUGUCCUGUACUUCUGCCAGGGGCUGCACCUGAGGGGCCGCUUCCGGCAGAGUCUGGCAGCGGUUUACAGGAGGGCGCUGGCGGACGACGUGGACCCACAGACCACACAGUCCAACGAACGCUCCGCGGACGAAAGCUGCGUGUCCAGAAACGUGGUUGAUGUGGGACGAGUUCAGGCAGAAAUGGAUGCAGCCAAACUCUGAGUCCUUCCUGCUUCAACUCCUGCUGUUAGGCUUCAGUCAGAACACCAAAGACUCGACCCCUCGGAGGCAGGUGGUUUAUAAAGUUCCAGUCCAUUAUAGUACAGUUUUUUGUUUUUGUUGUUACAGUUUUUUAGCCAACUGACAAACACACAAGUCAAUCAAUCAAACUACGUGAAGGAGAACGUGCGCGGCUCUACUUUAGCUCGCUGGCGAAAGGACUCCACAGCUGAUGGUCUGUUGGCGACACUAAGGUCAAACAGGGAAACUGUUAAUCACGUGAAAACGAUCUUUAGUCACAAAGAAAAGUGAUAAAAAUGAAUUCCUUAUACGACACGGCCUUAAUAUUAAUUACUGUAUGAAACCUGUGCGCCCUCUAAUAUCAUGCUGUGAAGUCGUGGUCUGAUGUAGAGACGUCCUAUUAGGAGCUGAACACACGGGUCAGAGCGUCUUCUGCCUGUUUUAGUGACACUUUGGUGGUAACUUUGUCCACUUUUAAGUCAGACCACCUACUUAUUUUUCCAGACUCUGUGCUGCGCAUUUGCAAAACGCAUUUAAAUGGAUUGACAUAUUAAUGUAGAGGCGUGUCAUGGGAGGAGUCUGCUACUUAUUCACCUGCACUCAAUUCUAGUUGAUCUAGUUCAUCUCUACGCAGUUUUCUGGAUUUGAACUUACGCCAAGUGUAGCAGGAAACACACACAAGUCUCUGUACAUGAGGCCCCUGCUCUCCCGUCUUAAAGCCUGUCAUGAAACCUCCUGCUGGCGUGUCAUCCUGUGCUGGAAACGCAGCCAGACGUAAAACGGUUCCUGCUGAGACUCGUCACUGAUGUUUCUCUAGUGUCGCUGUUCAUUCCAGUAAAUGAGAAGCAGCGGAGGCUGAUUUACAGCCUCCUCUACCUGCUGCAACUUUACCGGUCAAGGUCCUGUUACUCAUAAUAAGCAGCUACACACAUUUGCCUGGAGAGUCAUGACGUUCCUCAGUGAACUUCUUGUACAUACAGUAAAGAGGAAAAAAGCCAAACCACAGCUACCGUCCACAAAACACAGAUUGUCCUUGUGGUUUAACCACAAGUCAAGUUUUCUUCUCAAAGUUGUAAAAUCAUGCGUUUCGGACAAUGUUUUCAUGCUUUUCUUGAGCAGAUGAUUUAUUGUACAUGGAAACUUUGACGUAUAGAUUUAACAUCAGCAGGAAGAGACAAAUUUAGCAAAUGUUUUCAACUGAAACUUAGAUGUUCUAUGUUAAAACACAUUUACAAGUUGUGUUUUGAUGCAUGUGAUGAAAUUCCCCAGACAAAGAGGAACCGAGAGGAGGACUAGGAAGAAUAGCAGAGGGAAGUGAGACUAUUAUAAAGAAAACCAGAGGAACCGUCCUGUGUUCCACGAUCACACUGAAGGUUGAAACCAAACUUCAGAACAGACACGUUUGAAGUCACUUGGUUUCUAUCUAUACUAUGACUUUCACCUCAGUAAAAUGCCAUGAAACAUACAAUAAAGUCAUAGGGUUUAUUUGAUUUACAGUUAUUUGCUAUUAGAUACUUUACUUUAUAGUAAAUAUCUAACUCUUCUAACUUGUCAAAAUAAAAGCUUGUUUUUAAUUUAAAUUCUGUGACCAGUUACAAAAUAAAACAGUGAUACUGUA